AUGGCCUGCAGUUGCGUCUCCGUAGUUCGGCCUUCAUCUCACACCUACUACACCCAGGGACCACAAGUUUCUCCCACGGUGUUACGCAGCCCAUGUCCUAAGAUUGAUAAGAGCGUCGCAAUGGCUAAGGAAUCAAUCAAUCUUUUCCAAGAUUACACGAACUCGAUGAACAAGAUGAUUGAUAUAGAGAUAUCGGAACAUAAGAUGAUCUUAAGGAGUUUCGCAGAUGUUUUGUGGGCAUAA